GAAGCAUGUACCUCAUGGAUUACGAUUCCAUAAACCAGCUGCUCGUGUGCAUGGUGUGUGGGGAGCAGCAGUACACCUUCAGUGCAGAUGCAGUGAGGGCUCAUAUACAGGAAACCCAUCCCAGCACUCUGUGUCUUGAAGACAUGGAGCGGCAAAGCAUCCAACAUGCCUGGGACCAACAAGUGGCUAUGAGAGAACGCUUCUUCACCAACCAGCUUUGGCAGAACAAUGAUGCCCCUAAUGAUCAGAGCUUGAAGCAUACAGCUGAGAUCGAAGUGAUUCUGGAAGCAGAUGACAAAAGCAAAUAAACAUGAGAAUGGUGGUGCAGCGGUCGAACAUGCCAAUCUUAACAGAGCCAAUGACCUGGCCGGGCGUCCAGACAGACACAGUUGGUCGUGUUUGAAGAAGGCAAGGUUGGACAGAGUUAAAUUACACCAUCACUGCCAUAUGCGAUCUCUAGGACUGGUGAGAUUGGAAUUGGAAAUGACUGGAUUGGGAGAUAAAAAGGGAAAGUCCAGAUAAAAACAAGAUAGGGGGAUAUUUCUGAGAAAUUCUAAAUUUACAGUUAGACAUAAACACAGUAAGGUUUACCCUGGGUAAGCAUGCUGGCUUUAAGCCUACCUA